GCCGUGACGCACACAUCGCGCGACAUUCUGAACCCGGCAUCAUGGCGGCUCCUAACGAGAAGAAGCGUGGUCUGGAACAUUUGGACGAAUAUGAGCCAAAACCAGCCAAACAUCUCCGCAGUUUGCACGACCGCAUGGCGGACAGGAGGCUGGUGGUCAUCCUGGAGGGAGCGUCGUUAGAGACAGUGAAGGUUGGAAAAACCUUUGAGCUGCUAAACUGUGACCAACACAAAAAUAUCAUUGUCAAAAGUGGAAGAAAUCCAGGACAUAUCAGGCCAGACAUCACACACCAGUCAGAUAACCUUUCCUUUUGA